GCCUCCUGGCGGCGGCCGCUGCCGCGCCGUCGGGCCUCGUCGACGCCCACGACUGUGCGGUGGAGCUGGCCGCGGGAAAGGCGGGGAGUUGGCCGCAGGACAAGGCCUCCGUGUGCUGCGUUCUGCACGGCGUGUGCGCCGACGCGGCCAAGGAGAGCGCCGCCGCGGGCGCUUCCGCGAACGGCACCCGCGCACGGGGCACGGCCGCGGAGGGCGAGGCGGAUGUCCAAUGCUGCUGCUACUCAGAAGUACAACUGCACUGACCCCAGCGAUGCGCGCCCCGACAAGUGGCCAGCAGAAAAACAGCAGAUGUGUUGCAUCCAAGAGGGUAUUGGUUGUCCUGGUGUGGACUACCGUGGGACCCUGAAUCAUCUGCAGCCUUGGGCAGCGAAGACGCACACGACGACAGCGAAGACACACACGACGACCAAUACCAUUGAGAGCACGACCACUACCCUCAGCACCACUGUCAAGGCAGACAACGCGAGUGACACCACCACUAGACUUAACACCACUGUGACGGUAGAAAGCACCACUACGGUGAAAGGUAUUACUACAGUAGAAAUCACUACUACUGUCACCACCCUGGACAGAGGUGUGUUCGCGAAUGUUAACUACGAAGGGAAAACGGACGCUUGUGAUGCAUUCCAAAACAAGUUCCUCACAUAUUUGCAAACUAUUGAAACGCAGCUUCGGUCGACUGUGGACGUGGACUGCUCUUCGCAAGAGAGGGAUAAGGCAGACAAGGCGGAGGAUGAGGAACUUGGUAUUUCAUGGGAUGAGCGAAAGGCUGCAAUUGGGAGACAGAUGAAAGAAUCUGGCAAGUUAGGGGACUGGCGGCCAGAUUUCAGUGAAGUUAUUCAGCGAGAUUAUUGCUGCACGAACGUUGACACGCGUUGGUGUAAGCAAUUUGAUGGAAAAGAGAAGUACGCUUACCGAUGUGAUCUCAAUCAAACAGAGUACCAAGAGGAGUGGGUCAUGCCGAAGAAAUUGUGGUGUUGCCUACAUUUCGACAUUGGCUGUCGAGCUCUCAGCGAGCUGUGUCCAGACAAGCUUGUCUUUUCUACGACAGCGACAGCGACAUCCACGACAACAGCAACGGCGACAGCAUUAACGGCAACAACGAGGACAAUCACAUCAACGUUGGAUCCGCAGAGUUGUCAAACUGACCUUGCGAAUUGGCAGAACGCAUGGCCAGUGGCCAAAAAGACCGAAUGCUGCACCCGAUUCUUGACGUUCAAUGUGUGGCCUGCCGACACAGAGGAAGGAUGCUGCAGCAACGGCUUCGCGGCUUGCGAGCAGAUGGCUUUGGCGGAUAAUCCCGAGUACGACUGUGAGGCAGCGUAUCCAAAUUGGCGCGAGGCUUGGUCUGCAGAAAAACAGGAGUGGUGCUGCGCUCAUUACAAGCGCGGUUGCCACGAAGCGUCAUAUGAGUGUGAUACGAGCGACGAUGAUUUGAUAUCGGAUUGGCCUGUGAGCAAGAGCAGCUGGUGUUGUACGCAUCGGCAGGUGGGCUGCGCGGCAGAUCCACAGAGCGAGGGCGCGGCAGGCUUUGAUUGCUCGCCUAGCGCCCAGAACACCGCUCCGGAGUGGUCUCAGGAGCAGAAGCGCUGGUGCUGCAUGUAUGAGGACGUUGGUUGCCACGAGUUGGUUGCGGAGAACCGCCUUGCUGCCAAAUACACGCAGGCGUCAACUUCAGAUUGGACGCCGUCCCCUGCAAGCGCGCUCGUUCGCACGUGGGGUGUUGGCGUUAUUUUGCUGGCGUCUACCGCGUUGACUCUGCACACUGUCUGCAGACGCCGUGUCUACCAUCUUCCUGUAGCGAACCAGGCCAUGCUACUGGGCGUGGGUGUAGAGCUAGAAUGA